GAGCCUCCUGGGGCAGCGCCAGGGCUUGGGGGCUCCUCCCCGCCCCUCCCCGCUCCUUCUGGGGCACAUGGGGCCGAGGGCCGGUGGCGGUGGGCGGUCGCAGAGCUCCGUCGUCCCCCCUGCCCCCGGAGAGGUGCGAGGCGGGGAGCCUUGACCCGGAGCUGCGGGGGAUCUUAAGCUGCGAGCGUUUUAACAUCACUCCCAACUCUCCAAAUCCUAAAUGAUGCCCUCAAGAAAGCAUGCCUUGGUUCAGGGGAUGGGAAAAGGGAUGUCUGUGCUGGAGAUGCAGCUUCCUCUGUGGAGGCGGACACUGCCUGAUAUUCAUCACCCUGAGUUCCCCCUCCGGCUGCGUCUGAAACAGUCGGCUUGUGACUCCCUUGAGUCUUGUAAGUCAAGCCAUUCUGCUACCAGACAGGCUGUGCACACACAUACAAGUAAGCUGAAGGUAAUACUGAAGAUACAUAAAUUUAGAGAAGUCUGUGAACAAUGGAUAGCCUCUGUGCAGCAAAUACCACUUUUGCACUCGACCUCUUAAGAAAGCUGUGUGAGAACAAAAGCAGCCAGAAUCUAUUCUUUUCUCCUUUUAGUAUUUCUUCUGCUUUGUCUAUGGUUUUGCUGGGUUCGAAAGGUAACACAGAAGCCCAAAUAGCAAAGGUGCUUUCUCUGAACAAAGCUGAUGAUGCUCACAACGGGUAUCAAUCACUUCUCUCUGAAAUUAACGAUCCAAGUGCCCAAUAUAUACUGAGAACUGCUAAUCGACUUUAUGGAGAAAAGACAUUUGAGUUUCUUUCAUCAUUUAUAGAGUCGAGUCAGAAAUUCUACCAUGCUGGACUAGAACAGACUGACUUCAUGCAUGCUUGGGAGGAUUCCCGAAAACAAAUAAAUGCCUGGGUAGAGGAAAGGACUGAAGCUAAAAUUCAGAACCUGUUGGUGGAGGGGAUUCUCGAUUCAACGACCAAACUCGUGUUGGUGAAUGCCAUCUAUUUCAAAGGCAACUGGGAAAAGCAGUUCAACAAAGAGAGAACAGCAGAAAUGCCAUUUCACAUUAACAAGAAAGAGACCAAACCUGUGCAGAUGAUGAUCAAGAAGGAUACAUUUAACAUGACCUAUAUUGGAGACUUCCAGACCAAAAUCCUUGAGCUCCCUUAUGUCGGUAACGAACUCAGCAUGAUCAUCCUGCUUCCUGAUGCAAUCCAGGAUGGAUCCACUGGCUUGGAAAGGCUGGAAAGAGAACUUACGUAUGAGAAGCUGAUAGAUUGGAUCAAUCCUGAGAUGAUGGACUCUACAGAGGUGAAGGUGUCUUUACCCAGAUUUAAACUGGAAGAAGAUUAUGACCUGAAACCCCUUCUGAGCAGCAUGGGAAUGCCUGACGCGUUUGACUUGAGCAAGGCAGACUUCUCGGGAAUCUCGGCUGGCAACGAGCUGGUGCUCUCUGAAGUAGUUCACAAGGCCUUUGUGGAAGUCAAUGAAGAAGGCACUGAAGCUGCAGCUGCCACGGCAGCAGUGAUGGUUCUGCGCUGUGCAAUGAUCGUUCCAGAAUUCACUGCUGAUCAUCCCUUCCUCUUCUUCAUCCGCCACAACAAAACUUCCAGCAUUUUGUUCUGUGGCAGAUUUUGCUCUCCUUAAAAAGGAGAUGUUGCAGCAGAAAAGCCACCAUUACACAGUAACUUCUUCUUACCCUUUUUGCACUAAUUGCCACUUUCAGCUGUGCCUUGAAUUCAUUUCUGUGGCCUUCCUCUCAGGCUUGAAUAGAAUUACAGAGCCACUUGGAUGUACAUGCAGUAACUGCCACUUACAGCGGCUCUCUUGCCCCCUGCACCUGAGGGCCGAGGCCUCCAACUUCUUGCUGGCACAAGAAAUGCCACACUUGCUCAAUGAAUGCUUCAUCUGUCCUUGCAGCCCUGCCGCGCUUCACUUCUUGUGGCCACCAGGCAGCAGGUCUGGUACUGACACCUCGUAGGAAAGGAAGAAGUUAACUUUGUUCCUGAUGAGGCUGGAGCACAUCUUCACCUCCCAUCCCCCUUUUUCCUCCCAUCCCACUUUUGGUGGUGUGGGGUUUUUUUUGUUUUUGCUUUUUUUUCCUCCUUCUUCCAGACUCAUCCAUUUAAUGGAUGGGUUCCCUAGAGCUGAGAGGGAGUUGACACGUUCCCUAGAGCUGAGCGGAGUCUUUUGACAGCCUGUUCCAAGGGUUGCUAAGCAUCCUGACUAGACAGGGGUUUUUUGGAUAAUAACUGGACAAGUGCUAUGGCAAGAAUGGGAAUAAGAGUCUGACUUUGCACUCUGGGGCUGAGGAUCAGUGUUAAAGGAGUAAUCAGCUCAGGUGUCCUGUGGUGGUAAGGAAUGUAAUGAAAAAGCAGAUGCAGCCUAUGCACUAUUUAAAGGGCAAAUCUUUAAUUUUUUUUGCUCGUUAGAUAUUUUUCUUAUUCAUAGUCUCUGGAACGGUUUAACUGUAUGAUACCAAAGAUGUAGCUGAAAUAGCUUUCGUAAUACAUCUGUUUUGCUGUUUCUCUUCCUGAAAUAAUAAAAGAAC